CCACCCUCAAUUUCUCUGACGAAUCAACGCAAUGGCGGAACCCUCCCCCAGUGCCUGCAAAUACGGAAACGUGGCGCUGGGCGAGGUGCAAAGGCCAGCGGCUCAUCAAUAUGAUGUAUUACUCCGACUACGACGCAGGCCUGGAGUUCACGCCGCAACGGAAUUCAGCUCAGAGCCCAUAUGGUUACGACGACCUCGAGGACUGGGGCUACGAGGAAUAUGAAGUCAGCAACAAGGACUACGACUACAUCAAUCCCCAGUACUCCGGAAUCGGACCUGCCCUAAGAUCACUGGGCAUCAGCGACAAGGCAACGCAUGACGGGGGUUUCUGGGAGCCGUGUUGGAUUUCCCAUGGCAAAAUCCCGUUGAAUGAUGUGCAGACGUACGUCGGGCCUGACGGCUGGACAAGGAGGGUGGGAUCUGAGAGCGGCACAACUUCCAAACAUAAAACAGCCUGGCUAACCAUGCUCUCAGAUCACUGGUGCCGCCUUCGAGUUCGACAUCAAUAACAUAGACGGAGGUACAUAUAUCUGCAUCUAGAACAGCCCUUGCCUUCAUCCCCUACCCACUAACCCCAUCCAUCCAGCCAUAAUGACCCUCUCACG